GUAUCGGGCCUAUAAAACUGAUGGAAAUCUAAUGUAACUUUCAUUCUUCAAUCAAAACAAAAAGCAAAAGCAAAAAAAAAAAUUAAAAAAAAAAAUAUACAAAUACAAAAUGGGUCUCAUCGAACGAAACAAGAAUGCAAUCUCUUUGCUUGUAUUUUUGACGAUUUCAGUCACAAUUAACUGUGUCUCCUUUGAUAUAACCAAAUACGGUGCAAAACACGAUUCUGAUGUGACUCAGGCUAUAGCAAAUGCAUGGAAAGACGCUUGUGCGGCACCAACGAGAUCGAAAGUAUAUAUUCCAAAAGGAACAUUCAAAUUAAGCAAAGCAUUUUUGGCUGGACCAUGCAAGAAUCCCAUCGGGUUUGAAAUCGCAGGCACACUUCAGGCUCCAUCUAAGGCUAAUGGGUUCCAAGAGGGGCAGGGAUGGAUUACUUUUGAAAAAAUCAACCAGCUAACCAUUUAUGGUGGCGGAACUUUUGACGGUAACGGUGAAUCCAGCUGGGGACAGCAUUGUAAAAGGACCCAAUAUUGCAGCAAACUCCCCGUUAAUAUUAGAAUGAACUAUCUGAACGACACAGUUAUUAAGAGCAUAAGAUCCGUGGACAGCAAACAAUUCCACUUUGCAAUUAUAGGAGCAGUUAAUCUAACGUUUAAGAAAGUGAAGAUAAUAGCACCAAAAGAUAGCUGGACGACUGAUGGAAUCCACCUUGGGCGUUCGAGUAACGUGACCAUCACCGACUCAGUGAUUCAAACAGGAGAUGACUGUAUCUCAAUUGGGGACGGAACCAGAGACUUAGAAAUAACAAAAGUUGUAUGCGGACCUGGCCACGGAAUCAGCAUCGGAAGUCUUGGAAAGUACGAGAAUGAACAACCAGUAGAAGGUAUAAUCGUGAAGAACUGCACAUUCAAGGGUACCUCAAAUGGAGUUAGGAUCAAGACAUGGCAAGCUUCUCGUGAAGGUAUUGCAAGAGACAUGCAUUUUUCGGAUCUCAUCAUGGACAAUGUUGAGACUCCAAUCAGUAUUGACCAGGAAUAUUGCCCAUGGGGUGUGUGCUCUCAGUUUAAGGGGAAGCCAUCCAAAAUCAAGCUUAGUGAUAUCAGCUUCAAGAACAUUAAGGGAACUUGUUCCACUCCUGUUGGUAUCAAGCUUGUUUGCGGUGGAUAUGGAUGCAAAGAUGUCAAGCUCUCCGGCAUUGAUCUCAAAUACAAUGGCAAAGAUGGCAAACUUACCUCAGUUUGUAAGAAUGUCAAACCCAGCGUCUCCGGCUACAUGAACCCCUCAGCUUGCAGCCAUUAAUUAAAUUAACUCAUUCAUUUUCUAUGCAUGCCUUCCAUCCAAUAAUAAUCAACAGUUAAUGCUUAAUUUCUUUAUUAAUUAAUUAUGUAUUCUUGCGCGAAUCAAACAGCGUAAUUUUUCAUUUUAUCUGUUUUUGCCUCAAUCACCAUAUAUAUGGUUCGAUAAAGUGAUUUGUAUCAUUUAUUUUUGCUGCAUGCAGCCAAGUUAUAAAUCAUUGUUAGACAUAAAUUAAUAAAUAUGUAUAAACUUUUUGACAAA